AUGGCUUUCUUAUUCGACAAAGUACACAAAGCAGUGCAUGAACUUGGCAAUGAUCUCAAAGACAAAUUCUCGGAGCAUGGACAGACCCAAGGCGAAGGCGCAAACGAGCAGUAUGGCCAGACCAGCGAUCACGACUACGCCCACGAAGCGCAUCGUUUCCAGAGCUUUGCUCCCCACCGGAUCGGUAAUGAAGUCAAGUGGUACGUCGAUGGAGCUGGGUACAUGCAUGCCGUGAGUAUGGCACUCGAACGAGCUCAAGAGUCGAUUUGGAUCAUGGAUUGGUGGCUUUCGCCAGAACUGUAUCUGAGACGUCCUCCAGCUCAGAACGAGCAAUAUCGUGUCGACCGUAUGCUCCAAGCUGCAGCCGAAAGAGGUGUUCAAGUCAAUGUGCUUAUCUACAAGGAGGUUACUCAAGCCUUGACGCGUAAGUGUCUAAAUCCCGUUCUCCCUGACUACAUACAUUCUCUUCUUCCUCGCUCGGUCGACCGCUUCUCCUCGGCCUUGACUCGUUUUGGACUGGACCUUACUUUCAAGUCAUUGGAGAUUCUCGAAGAGACUAAUCCACUCAUUAACCCUCCUAUCACAGUUUCCUCAGCACAUACCAAGCAUGCGCUCGAAAACCUCCAUCCCAACAUCCGCGUCUUUCGCCAUCCCGACCAUCUUCCGGAUACACAGGUUCUUACAUCCUCACUUCUCUCAUCCAUCCAGGGGAUGAAGAUGACUGCUGCAAACUUGACCAAGCUACCUGGUGAUGCGCUCAAAGCAGUCUAUGGCAUGAAUGGAGAUACUGUUCUGUACUGGGCGCAUCAUGAGAAGUUGUGUCUUGUAGAUAGCCACAUAGCUUUCAUGGGAGGCUUGGAUCUGUGCUAUGGCAGAUGGGACAAUAACCAACACUCUAUCGCCGACGCCCAUCCUGGCGAUUUGAACAAGAUUGUCUUUCCUGGACAGGACUACAACAAUGCCCGAAUUCUCGACUUUAGUGACGUCGCACACUGGGAUCAGAAUAAACUCGAUCGCCGCUACAACUCGCGUAUGGGUUGGUCUGAUAUGUCCAUCUCGCUCAUGGGCCCUGUCGUAGAGGACUUGCGCAGACAUUUCGCCGAGCGCUGGAACUUCAUCUACCGUGAAAAAUACAGUUCUAAGAACUAUGAUGAGAGAUAUGCGCCCCUCCAUGUUCCAGAAUCGAGGACAGGUAUCGUCCAUCACGAAUGUUCCUCAGGCUCAGACGCCCCGAUCCCAGAGCACAUGUGCGAACGUAUGAUGGAGCAUUGGGAAGAAGGUCGAGAUCGAAUGGACGGCUUCAGGGAGCAAGUCAGACACCAUUUUCCUACCAGCAAUCAUCCACCUCCACCACCCCCAGGAAUGCCCUGCCAAAUUAUGAGAUCUUGUUCGAAAUGGUCCCAUGACACCAACACUGAGCGUUCCAUUCAGAACGCAUACAUUGAGGUGAUUCGAAACAGCCAUCACUUCAUCUACAUCGAAAAUCAGUUUUUCAUCACAGCUACGGGUGACUCACAACGUCCGAUCAAGAAUCAGAUCGGCGCUGCAAUUGUCGAACGAAUCAUACGCGCUGCACGCCAGGGCGAACAUUAUCAGGUUAUCGUAAUCAUGCCAGCCAUUCCUGCAUUCGCGGGUGACCUGAAGAGUGACGAGGCGUUGGGCACACGUGAGAUACUUGAACUACAAUAUCAGAGUAUCAACAGGGGGUCUCACAGCAUCAUGGAGAAUAUUGCCCGAGAAGGCAUUGAUCCUAUGCAAUACAUCCGAUUCUACAACCUCAGGAAUUAUGACCGUAUUAACUCAAGCGGCGCCAUGCGUGAAGCGGAGGAGCAAAGUGGUGUGAGCUACGACGACGCACGACAGGAUUAUGAUCAGCAAUACGGCCGCCAAAGCGAUCAAUACACUCAGGAAGGGGCUUAUGACGGCCAAUCUCAGCAAUAUGGGGGAGCUUACGGCGACCAAGAGGGAGACCGCUUCAGAAGAUACCAGCAAGCUACCCAGAGCAUCGGCAGCCACUCGGGCCUCGGCACCGGUGAAUGGGACUCGGUUGCGUCGUGCUAUAUGCUGAACGGUGAAGACAUCCGCAACGUACCUUGGGAGGAUGGCACGACCGAUGAAAUGGACGCUUUUGUGUCGGAGUUGCUUUAUGUACACAGCAAGCUCCUUAUCGCCGAUGAUCGAGUUGUCAUUUGUGGAUCGGCCAAUCUCAACGACCGCAGUCAACUCGGCGAUCACGACAGCGAGAUAGCCAUUUAUAUUGAAGACCCUCGCGAGGUUGACUCGUACAUGGCUGGUCGUCCUUGGAGAGCGACUGAGUUUGCUGCUAGUCUUCGCAGACAGAUUUUCCGUAAACACCUCGGACUACUGCCGCCACAGGAUGUCACCAGGCCAGAUGGCAACUUUGAACCUAUUGGAGUGCCCAACGCUUACGACUGGAAUAGCCGUGAGGACGAAGCAGUCGCCGACCCAUUGAGCUCCGACUUUUUUUCGUUGUGGAACAGUACAGCUCGUACGAACACUGAGGCCUUUGAGCGUGUUUUCCACCCUGUGCCCUCAGACAAGGUCAGAAACUGGAAGGAAUAUGGCGACUACUUUUCAAGAUUCUUCCCUUCCGGUAAGGAGGCCAAGGAAGAGAAAGGCAAGGACGCCGAGAAGCCUAGUCAAUGGAAGUUGGGUCAUGUUGUGGCUGAGAAAUUCCCUGGCGGUGUGGCAGAGGUCAAGGACGUUUUGAGUCAGAUUCGUGGUACCCUGGUCGAGAUGCCUUUGCUCUUCUUGAAGGACGAAGAUAUCGCACAGGAAGGCCUCACUCUGAACGCCAUGACGGAGGAGAUCUACACAUGA